AUGAGAAUAAAGAGUUAUCAAAUGAAAAUUUUAAAGAUUCAAGUAUUUAGGAACAAACAAAUGAAAAAGAAAUUUAUGAACCCACCUCAGAAGAUGAAAUCGAUGAAUUUUCCUAAUUAUUAUUGUUUUUAUCAUAGCUCAAGUGCAGAGAGAAACAAAUUUAUAUCGCUUCAACUUGAAACCCAUCAUUUCAUAAUAAAACAUAUGCAAAUGCAAUAA